AUGCCGGCCAUUCGUGCUCAGAAGAGCAACUGCAAGGUCUCUUCCAAGCGCAAGACUUGCCCAUUCUGCCAUGGUGAAUUCAAAGUGAACGGAUUUGUGAAGCACCGUGCAGCUUGUGAGCGCCAGGCCAAGAACAGAGCCACAGAUGAAGCUCUCGAAGAGGAAUUGGGGCGCUUGCGCCUUGCUAAUCGCAGUUGUACUCCGCCUUCAGACAUGGCCUGUACGAGUACUGUUGAGGAGAUCAAUCUCUCUGCUUCGGAGAAUAUGGAUAAUCUCUCCUCACCAAUACCUCAAGCACUGGCCAGUCUCCUUUCUUUCUUUCCCAGACUCGAAUUCAAUGAAGCCGUUCCUUUUGCUGAUGCCGGCAAUGAGGCUUUUGUCCAAGAUCCCAUGUCAAUGCCACUUCAGUCUGAUUCCCAGGAACAAUUAGCCACUAUGGGUACCUCAGAGGACAGAGAGCUGGUGCGCCAGCAAUUGCCAUCCUCCGGCUCAGAGGACCAGGCCGAUGAAGUUCCGCAACUUGAUGACUUUAAAGUUGAAUACCACCCAAGCUGUGGGAUUUCGGCAUGCACCUAUCAGUUUGACGAGUACCAGAGAGAAUGA